GCCUUGUGAGCAGCUUCUCUUCCGGGUAGACAAUAGCUGGAACUUUCUCCCGUGUAGUCAGCCGCCAGCCCCCGGGGACCAUGGAGGCCGCGCGACCGGCAGGGACAUUCGUGGUGGUGGGAGGCGGCAUCGCUGGCGUCACGUGUGCGGAGCAGCUGGCUAUUAAUUUCCCUGCAGAAGACAUUCUCCUGGUCACAGCCUCUCCUGUUAUCAAAGCAGUUACAAACUUCAAACAGGUUUCUAAAGUACUGGAAGAAUUUGAUGUUGAAGAACAGCCAAGCACCAUGCUGGAAAAUCGCUUUCCCAACAUUAAGGUCAUAGAAUCUGGAGUAAAGCAGCUGAAGAGUGACAAGCACUGCAUCUUCACAGAAGAUGGCCGUGAGUAUGUGUAUAAGAAACUCUGCCUGUGUGCUGGAGCUAAGCCAAAGUUAAUCUGCGAGGGAAAUCCCUAUGUACUGGGGAUCCGUGAUACAGACAGUGCUCAGGAAUUUCAGAAACAGCUUACAAAAGCCAGGAGAAUAAUGAUUGUCGGGAAUGGUGGCAUUGCUCUGGAGCUGGCGUAUGAAGUCGAAGGCUGUGAAGUGAUUUGGGCCAUAAAGGAUAAAGCCAUUGGAAAUACAUUCUUUGAUGCAGGCGCAGCAGAGUUUUUGACUUCCAGGCUCCUGUCUGAAAAAUCGGAGGCUAAACUUGCACACAAAAGAACGAUCUACACAGUCGAAGAAGCAAAAAAAGAAACCAGUACCAAAUCUAAAGCCGAUUAUGUGGGCAGUGCCCUUGGACCAGACUGGCAUGGAGGCUUGGCUUUGAAAGGAACAGAGGAGUUUUCUCACAGUAUUCACAUCGAAACCAAAUGUGAAGUAAAGAAAAUCUACCUUCAAGAGGAGUUUAAGAUUAUGAAGAAAAAAUCCUUGGCUUUUCCAAAGGAUCACCAUAAGUCAGUUACAGUUGAUAAAGAAAUGUGGCCUGUGUAUGUGGAACUGACGAAUGGCAGCAUAUACGGCUGUGAUUUCCUUGUCAGCGCUACAGGAGUCACCCCAAAUGUGCAGCCGUUUCUCCAUGGAAACGAUUUUGACCUAGGAGAAGAUGGCGGCCUGAGAGUAGAUGAGCAGAUGUGCACGUCACUUCCUGAUAUCUAUGCUGCUGGAGACAUCUGUACUGCAUGCUGGCCGCCAAGCCCAGUCUGGCAGCAGAUGAGACUGUGGACGCAGGCACGGCAGAUGGGGUGCUAUGCAGCCAAGUGCAUGGCCGCAGCUACUAUGGGGCAUCCUAUUGACAUGGACUUCAGCUUUGAACUGUUUGCUCAUGUCACUAAAUUUUUUAACUAUAAGGUUGUGCUGCUAGGCAAAUACAACGCGCAAGGCCUGGGUGCGGACCACGAGUUAAUGCUGAGGUGCACCAGGGGACAGGAGUACGUCAAAGUCGUCAUGCACAACGGACGCAUGAUGGGAGCUGUCCUAAUUGGUGAAACUGACUUGGAGGAGACAUUUGAAAAUUUAAUUUUAAACCAAAUGGACCUUUCAUCAUACGGGGAGGAUCUGCUAAAUCCAGAUAUCGAUAUAGAGGAUUAUUUUGACUGAAAUUGGAAUCUCUUCAGGAAUACAAAGCACAAAAUACGGAGAAAACAUGGGAAACUGAACAACCACACUGAGUGACCGAGCACUCAGUAGAGAAUGCAGAAGCCAGAUUCCAGGUUGGAAAGAAAUAAAGAAAAUAAUCCUUAGGAUGGAUCUAUUUAAUGACUGAUUUGCAGAUGAACACUUCUAGUACACAGUUGACAAUAAACCUUGACUCAUACAAAG